UCAGUGCGUCGGACCGGUUGUGUGAGACGUUCGGACGCCGUGUGACAUCUGUAGGUUGAGUGUGGGAAGAUGGCGUCUUCGGUGUUGUGUUGCCUGAGGUGGUGUGGAGAUGGAGGCUCCGGACACAUUCAGCUCAAGGAAAUGCCCGCUGUCCAGUUAGACACACUGCACAUGGGAACUGAUGUUGUUAUUGUGAAAAAUGGGCGAAGAAUAUGUGGCACAGGAGGUUGCUUAGCCAAUGCACCUUUGCAUCAGAACAAAAGUUACUUUGAAUUCAAAGUCCAAUCAACAGGAGUCUGGGGAGUUGGGGUUGCUACACAAAAAGCCAACCUUAAUCAGAUUCCAUUUGGUCGGGAUGCGCAAAGUUUGGUGCUUAGGCAUGACGGAGCUAUUUAUCACAAUAACGAAGAGCGAAACAGACUACCAGCUAACAGUAUUCCUCAGGAAGGAGAUAUUGUGGGGCUCACUUAUGAUCAUGUGGAACUAAACGUUUAUUUGAAUGGAAAAAAUAUGCAUUGUCCAGCAUCUGGAAUUAGGGGCACAGUGUAUCCGGUUGUAUAUGUUGAUGACAGUGCAAUUUUGGAUUGCCAGUUCAGUGAAUUUUACAGCCCUCCGCCUCCAGGAUUUGAAAAGAUUUUGUUUGAACAGCAGAUCUUCUGAUUUUCAUUGUGCGAACACACACACACACACCCAUGCACUCUCACCUACAUGCACUCUCACCUAGCCUGGUUCUGCCUAGAUAUCUGUAACUUUGAUUUUCCUGGGUCUGUAGUUUCUUGAGUGUUAGUUGCUUGAAUUGUCAGUACCACAAUUGGCAACACAGUAUACAGAAUUUGGGUUUAUCGUGCAUUCGUGUUUCAAUGUUUAUUAAUGGGAACAGCACUAUUUUUAAAGUGAAAAAUGACGUAUAAACAUGACGUAGUAAAAUCAUAGCCCUUAUGCAUGUGGUUCUUAGUGGAAGGUUUAAAAAAAAACAACACAAUUGCUUCUGCAGGAGGCAUACAGCAUUACAAUCACUGUACUUUCAGUGUUAAUUACAAAUACCAAAUGAGAUAUUAUAAUACCAACAUGGCUCAAAAUAAUUGCACCCAUUUUAUAUAUUUUUAAUCAUCUGCCUCUUAGUAUUUAUUUUUGGUUUUAUUUACAAUCUGCUUUCCUUUCACUAUGGGUUUAUUCUAGGUAUUUUCUAUCCUCACUAUAUUCUUCUCUGUUGAUUUAUUUUCCCAGUCAAGUCUUGCUGUUAUGAUAGACAAGUUUUAUUCAUCCUUGCCCUGCCUAGUUGCACUGUUCCCUGAUUCUGUUUUGCUUCCUUUUGAUCCUUUGUUGUUCAUGUUGCAAGUACAGUUUUGUACAUGAAACAUUUGCAAAGACACAACCAUAGUUCAGAAGUUAAAACCUAUACUGUUUUGAGCACAAAACCAAUCACAAUGCAAGGACCGUACUGUCAGUCAUUUAGGAGAUGAUAUUGUCCUCUAAUCAAGAAUUCUAGCAUGCAGUGGUCCAAAUCCUCAUCACAUUUGGACUGGUUUCACUCUUCAAAAUUGCAGCUAAUUCCUUUUCAAAAGCAAAAUAAAUUAGAUGCUGGAAAAUGCUAGAACCACUCAGCAGGUCAGACAGUCUCUACGGAAAAGAAAUGGAUUUAGCAUUUAAAGUCCUUUCAUCAGAACUAGAAGAUGUUAGAGAUGAACGAUUCUUAAGCAAGUACAGAGCAAGGGGAGGGGCAAGGAACAGAAAAAGUAUGAAAGACAGAUGUUUAUCUGUGACAGGUUGAGAGGGCAGGAAUGAUUAAAUCUAUAUUUCAUUGGGUUGUUGGUGCCUUAUUAGCAGAAAUUGGACUUUUGGAUGGAACUAUCAUCUAUCAUUAGAGCAUGAGUAAGAUUGACAGUGGAGAUUAUCUCUCACCUGCUGGCCUCUCUGAGAUUGAGGUUGCAUGUCCAGGAUUAGGCAAAAGAAGGAAAAUAGAAUGCUUAAAUGUUUCCCUCAAUUUGAACUUUUGAAGUUUGACAAAAAUACUUUUGUUGACUGUGAUGUGAGAAAUGACUAGGUCAAGUAACUUUGAUCAACUCCAUCCUUACCUUCAAAGAACAUCCAAGUUCAGCCUUGGUGAAUGAUUAAAAUCAUGAAAAAUCUUUAUUUGUGGCACAGUGCUUGUCAUAGGAUUGAAUUUGUGCAUAAGGUUUAUUGUACAAAGUUUCUGUGAAAUCAUGUACUUUUUAAAGAACAAAUUUCAGAAAAGGCAUACUUUGUAGAGAAGGUGAAUGAUCUGCACAAAAUGUUCUUUAAUGUCUUAUACUCUGAGUCUUUGGUUAAAAAAAAAUAAUUGUGCAGAUCACCAAAGCAUCGACAAAGAACUUGUUUAUGCUAUCUUCAUUUCUGUAACUAGUUGUAUAAAACUUUUAAUAUUGUAAAGAGGAGACGUUAUGGUUACAUAAACAAAAAUUAGACCUAGCGUGUUAUAUAGUUGUGCAUUAAUUUGGCAGUAUUUAAAAAAGCACUUAGAAAAUUUGGGAGGGGGUUAUUAACCUUAACAUUAUUAUAAUUUCUAGUGAUCUACAAACUGGUUAUAAUCAGAAUGUAGAGUUAGGAACGUACAGAGUCAAUAUUUAAUGUGCACAUAAUAUAUGUAUACUGAAUCAUUAAACAAUAUUCCCAGCGCACUUUUGCUACUGUGGUGUUGUAAAACUGAACAGAUCAAUUAAGGUUCAGAUUUUACAGGAAUUUGGUGAAAUAAACACUUUCAUGGUGAACCAUA